AUGGGAGAUUCAUGUACAAAUUCAGAAAUUUUAUUCGCUAUUGUGUCAAUUCCAUUUGUCAUCUAUACUGGAGCUUCAUUUCUGAUCAAUGCAGCCACAGCUGACGAAGGAAUUAUAAUUGCUAUUCCAGCAACAUUAAUAAGCUUAGGAAGCUUAGUGUUUUUCCUUGCAGCCAUGUGCAGAUGUUCAAGGAGAGAUAAAUACAUGUUCAAAACAUAUGUGGUAUUAGCAAUCAUCUUAGCGAUUUUAUCAACAAUUGUUGGGAUCAUUCAACUAACAAAAGUCCAUCAGGGUGAAAAGUAUAUCUUCAGAAGCAUUGUUCAGCUUACUUAUCCAUUUAUGUGCAUUUUGUGUUCAAUUUUAUAUUUUUAUGUUGAGCAAAAAGAUAGAAGGGAGCGGAAAUAUUUUGGAAUACCAAAGUUUCAGUUGGAUAUUAAUUUCGAAAGAGAAUUCAUACCAAAUUAA